AUGAGUCUCAACAAUCAGACCGUCCGUGGACAAGAAUUGACCAGCAUCAGCAACCUUCAACCCAAUGCAGUCACCAUCUGUGUGUCGGCAAGAGUCCUCUUCAACAUGGAGAAGGAGCAGCAGAUCUACGAGCAGCAGAGCCUGGAAGACUACAUCAAGUAUCAGGAGGACCAUGAAACACAGCCUUUCAGUCCCGGUCCCGCCUUCUCCUUUGUCAAGGCUCUGGAGGCGGUGAACACUCGACUGAGGGAGCUUUACCCUGAGAGCGAGGAGCUCUUUGAUGUUGUGCUCAUGACCAACAACCACAGCGAAAAGACAAGACUCAUCAAUACCAUCAAGCAUCACCAGUUGUUCAUCAAGCGCUUCUGUACGACCGAGGGAAACAGUCCCAUAGGCUACUUGAAGGCCUGCCACACUAACCUGUACCUGUCUGCUGAUCCAGUCAAGGUUCGAGAAGCUCUGGAAGAAGGUAUAGCAGCAGCCACCAUGUUCACCCCAGAGAAGAUGACUGAAGUGUCGGAGACCCAGCUGCGUGUCGCCUUCGAUGGUGACGCUGUGCUCUUCUCUGAUGAGUCUGAGCGCAUUUACAAGGCCCAUGGACUGGACAAGUUCUUUGAGCACGAGAAGGCGCACGAGAAGGAGCCUAUGGGCCAUGGACCAUUGAAAGGUUUCCUGGAGGCUUUAGGAAAGCUGCAGAAGAAGUUUUAUGGCAAAGGCCAGCGCAUGGACUGCCCCAUCCGGACCUAUUUGGUGACUGCUCGCGACGCAGGCAGUGCUGGUUACAGAGCCCUAAAUACUCUGCGCUCAUGGGGUCUGGAGAUCGAUGAGUCCCUCUUUCUUUCAGGGUCAUCCAAGGGCCCCAUGCUUGAGAAGAUCAGGCCGCACAUUUUCUUUGAUGACCAGAUGACUCAUGUGAAUGGGGCACUGGAAAUGGGGACAGUAGCGUGCCACGUGCCCAAUGUGGCCUAUAACCCUUUAGAAAGAGAUUAAAAAAAGCCCAUCAAAAGAAAGUAUAUCUGAAGUCAAGCAGAACCAAAUAUCAGAAAUAAAACAUGUAAAAUUCUAAACAAUAUUAGUUUAGAAACAUGAAGUGAUUUCAUAUAAUCUUUGAUAAACAUGGAGAAUGCAGCUGGAAGUGCUAACUUCAGUAGAAGCUGCACAUCUGCACUGGAGACAAGUAAUCAGUCACUUUAAGCAUCUUCAUUUGGAUUUAUACAGUUUUAUCACUUUACUGCUCGUCUGUGUGUUGGAGAGUUUUUAAAACUGGUGCCUUUAUUGUCAAAGCUGCAUGUUGUUGGUUUAUGUAUGUUGUACUUGUGGUUGUUUGAACAAUGUCUUUUAAGAUUGCAAGUUGGUGAAAUUGUAAUAUAGAUUACUUUUCAUUUAUUUUAUAUUAUUUCUUGUUCAAGACAAUAAUGAUACAUUUGUACAUUCAGCACUUAUUGACAUGCAUUGUGUAUCAUUUUUAUUUCCGCUGAUUUUCCCUAAAGUGCCGAAGGUUCUGUGUCUCUUGUUGCCUGUCUGUAUUAUUUAGUCUUUUAGGUGUGUUGUUAUUGUUACUGUUGCUCUACUGUUCUGUGUAUGAGUGUGAAGCAAGUUGGUGUUGAAUAAGAAACUUGUUCAGAUGUGGAAUCUGGGCCAAAUGAGUACUGUGGACUGGUAUACAAUCAAGUUUGUUUCAGUAAAAAGGUUUAAAAAGAGAAAGGCACUAUUUCCUUUAUUCUCCUGCCUCUAAAAAGUGGUUAUUUAUUGGA